AUGGCGGCGGACGCCCGGUGGGUGUCGCACUACGCGCCGUACGGCGCCGCCCACGGAAAGCCGGCGGCCCGCGGCGGCGGUCACCAGGGCCUGCUCUCCCGCCUGGGCGCGGACGCGGGGCACCACCUGGCGAAGGACCCCUGGCUCCACGCCGCGCCGGAGAGCGCCCCCCGCCCCGACGGCCCGCGCGGCGCCCCGCACGGGGACCCGGAGGACCUGCCCGCAGGCCCUCCAAGGCGAGGGCAUUUCCUGGGAGCGGCUCGGCUGGUGGGCCCGCAACAGCACGGAGGAGCGGCCGGUCCUCCACGGCCUCUUCGGGCGGGCGCCUGCCGGGCAGCUCACGGCGGUGAUGGGCCCCUCGGGCAGCGGGAAGACGACGCUGCUGGACAUCCUUGCCAUGCGCAAGACGGUGGGCCGCACGGAGGGGUCGGUGCGCGUCAACGGCCAGGAGCGCCGCCCCGGCGCGUACCAGAGGGCCAGCGCCUUCAUCCUGCAGGAGAGCUCCCUGCUGCCGACCCUCACGGUGGCCGAGACGAUGUGGUACCACGCCGAGAUGGUCCUGCCCCGCGGCCUCCCCGCGGCCCAGCGCCGCGAGCGCGUCGACAGCGCGCUGAGUCUCGUGGGCCUCCCGGAGGCGAAGGCCACCCUGGUGGGCGGCCCCCUGCCAGGGGGCUACGGCCUGCACGGCCUGUCCAGCGGGGAGCGCAAGAGGCUGAGCAUUGCCGCCGCCAUGCUGACGAAGCCGGUGCUGGUUUUCGCGGACGAGCCGACGAGCGGCAUCGAUUCGUUCGCCAGUCUCCGCGUCACCGAGGUGCUGAAGGAGCUGGCGGCGGGGGGCCGUGCCGUGGUGGUCACGCUGCACCAGCCGAGGGACGCGGUUUGGCGCCUCUUCGACCGGCUGUACCUGCUGUCCGAGGACCGCCACGGCCCCGCCUCCGCGGGCCGCGGCCCCGCAGUUGUGGGCCGCGGCCUCUGGCCGCGGCCCCGGUCUCGC